AAUUUCGGUAGCUCCAUUUGAUUUGACAGUUCAAUUUUUAAACAUUGGCCAAUUUAUUAACGAAAAUGUCGCAACCAUCUAGUGAAUUGCGUUGCCGAGUUUGCCUUAAACAGGAUGAACUCCUGGUGGACAUCUAUGAACCCGUGGAGGAGAUGCAAGUGGACCUGUGCACCUUGCUGGAAACGUGUGGCGGCAUUAAGGUGGACCGCAGAGUUGUGCAGCCAAUGUAUUUAUGCCAGGAGUGCACCAACGAGCUCCUCAUCGCCGCCAAGUUUCGCAAAAAGUGCGCGGACGCCGAGAAGUUACGCGAUGGAGCUCCCCAGAUAAGAAUGAACGCAUCAGAACUUCUGGCUUCGGAGGAAAUAAUUAUUAUUGAUCCCAGCGACUAUAUUGGACAGCCCUCCGCCGUGGAGGACCCCGAAAAGGAACCUAUUGAAGUUUCACGCUGGAAUUGCCAGCAUUGUGGCGCUGUUUUCCAGCAAUCGGAAGUACUGCGUCGGCACAUCCAAAAAGUCCAUGCUUCAGUACCUAUUAUUGACUGUAAAGAGUGCAGGAGAUUUUUUACAAAACUGGGUAGCUACCAGGGCCACAGUUGCUCCCAUUUCAAGGCCCCCAAAGGUGAGCACGAGUGCCUGGAAUGUGGUAAGUGCCUGCAAUCCGCCUCUAGUCUGGCAAGCCACAUUCGUUUGCAUACCGACGAAAGGCCCUUUACCUGUAACCAGUGCCCCAAGACUUUCAGGACAAAUGGAGCUGUGGAAGCUCAUCAGAGGCGCCACAAGCAGGUUAUGCAGCACAAGUGCCCGCACUGCGGACGCGGAUUUGUGGAAUCUAGCAACCUGCGUCGCCAUAUAGUUGCCAGGCACACAGAGGAACGUCCGCAUCUGUGCAACUUCUGUCAGCGCAGUUUCUCCAGGGUCUAUAUGCUGGAGCUCCAUCUCCGCACACACACUGGCGAAAGACCCUACGCCUGCAAGCAUUGUGACAAACGUUUUGCCCAGCUGGGUGUCCUCAGGAGUCACGAGCGGAUCCAUACCGGCGAACGCCUGCACCGCUGUCAAGUGUGCGAAAAGACUUUUACACGGGCAGGACAGCUCCGAAAGCACGAGAUGCGUCACGAAACCGGAUAGUGAUAAGCUGUACCGCUCCGAAUUUGGCCAAAGCAAAUCUGCGAGGUAAUAGAUAGAUUUGUGGACAAAACGAGUAUUAGGCACCUGACACACCGAUUUAUAACGCUCAUCUCACUCCGGACACCGUCCGCUACAGUUGGCCUCUGUGGCUGGAGACCGUUUAUUUGCGAAAAAGGAGCGUUGCAUUGUCUUUCUGCUUAAAGGGAACAUCGCCCAGCAACACAGUAGCCCAAUAUUUGGGCGGCCUGCUAUUCGACAUCUGAUAACCCAUGAUCCUAUUGUCAUUUUUCUUUCAAAUUAUAUCCCUAUAAAGACUGAAGGGAGAAUUCGGAACAUCUUUAGACGGCUGCCAUCAUGUUCACCAAACAAAAUCCUGCGUCCCGUAUUACACCUCUUGUCGCUUGAGGGUCCAUUCCGCGCAGAGGAUACAGCACAUGCUGGUCAACUUGAACCAAAAGAUCAGCAUGGAGAUCGGGCCUAUCUUGACACGACGAAGGACAUCAAAUGCCAGGGUGAACACAUAGAUGGCGGUGCCAGAAAUCACCACCCAGGGAUUAAUGUAAUGCGGCUUCAUCUGGAUUUAUAUAUAUAUUUUAAUUCCCUGUUAUUCCUCUUGGGAACCUAGGACUUCUACGAGAGCCUAAUUUUCUCGUAUUUGUUUCGGUAAUCGGUUUUAGGUUUUUCGACCGAUCUGGUGAUUGGCCAGAUGCGGCUAAGAUGUAUAUAUACAUAUAUUUUAGGGUUCUCAGUGCUCACCGAUACCCAGGUGUAUAGCAAUAGUGUCCACGUCAUGGUCAAUAAAAUGCAUUCCG